AUUCGCUCUUUAUCCCGUUCCUUACCCAUUUCACACUGUCUAACGAUGCGCUCGGCAUUCUCACUUUUCGCUGCCCUCUUGCUCUCGGGAUCGGCUCUCGCUCUUCCUACCGGUGCUCCCAAAUGUGCCAUUAACCCUGCUGUCAUUACAGCUGCUCAUCAGGCUCCCUCUCCUGCUGCUGGUUACAAGAUUAGUGCUUCAGCAAAGUCUUAUACGCCUGGACAGCCAUUGACCAUUACCAUUGCCGGAACCACCACACCCAUUGCAGGCACGCUCUUGUACGCGACUCCAGGCACACAGCAAGACGCCGGUCUCGCUCCCAACAAUGGAAAAGAGCAUGUCGGUGUAUUCAAGGUCCCCGCCGGAUUCCGUGCUCAGACCGCCACCAUUUGUGAUGCUGCUGCCAUCAAGAAUGACGCCCCAGAGAGUACCAUUACACACGCAAAUCCCACGCCAAAGGGCAACUCUGUGACGUUUGAAUGGACGGCUCCCGCUACUGCCAGCGGCCCCAUUAGUUUCAAUGCCGCUGUAGCUGGAGGAGCCCCCGGAGCACCUUGGCAAGUUCUUGACGUCCUCACCCUCCAAUCGGCUGGCGGCAACACCGGCGGCAACACCACCACCACACCCGGAAGAGGCGGUAACAGCACCACCACUCCACCCAACACUGGUAAAUGCCCGAACGGCGGUAAAAAGAAUGGCAACAGCACGAGCAACACUGGUAAAAACGGAAACAACAACAACAACAAGAACAAGACAAACUCGACGGCAGGCUCAAGCACACCUAUCCAAAGUUCUGCUAUCCAUUCUACGACGCUGUCAUCUAUUGCUGCAAUGCUCCUUGGUGCAUCCCUUUUCGCCUUGUUGUAAAAAACAGAAAUGUGCAUAGUUUGAAGAGAGAACAUUUUUUAUGUUGCAUAGAAAAAGCAGUAUAUAGAAAAGGGUUGUUUGUACGUUUUGUCAUGUAGCAAGGUUUUUUUUUUACAUGUUGUUCUUUUGCAUUUAUGUUUUUCGGUAUUGUGUGUAUAAAAAAAAGAACGGAGACGUUGACCGUUAUUCGUUUAUUUUUUUAUUCAAGGCGUUUUUUUUUGGUGAAGAUGUGUGUUUUAUGAUCUUAGUGGUAGAUGACGCGGUCCACCUUUUGAUCCAUAGCAGCUUGCAUGGGAUAUGCUCAU